UACAAAACGUUUGAAGUAAGGAAUAUUUUGUUCCAAGCGUCCAAAGUACAGAAAUAUAAAACACAAAACCAGAAAAAUUGGAAAGUAUGAGUUCUUCUAUUUUAAAAAGAAGUUUAGAGCUUUUCAACGAAGACGACGACGUAGGAAAAGGUAAUCCAAAAAAGAAGGCUUCAAGUACUGGUAAAACCUACUCUGAGAAAGGAAGGUACAUGAAAAAGACAAACCCUAAAAAGAAAAGACAUAACAAAGAUGGAAACAGACAAAACGAAGAUAGAACAGAAAAAAGCAUAGAGUUUUUACAAAAGUUAUCUAAGUUUAACAAAACAGAUAGCCAAACAACUAAAACGAUUUUAAAGUAUAACAAAGGAAGAUUAUCGAAAAAUGAUGAAAAGAUGGAACCUGUAGAUAACUCAACUGUAUUUUCUAACACAGACUUUGACAAAUUUGAAGAUGAAUUUGAUUUUUUCUCAUGAUGCUAAUAAAAAUAUUUAAAAAAAAUCAGAAAAAAUUUCGAUGUUUCAGAAACAACAGAGUCAAUUAAAAAAAAACUUCAGAGAUA